UUUUAGUACAACAUUAUUUAUUGCUAGUUUUUACCAUUUUUACAUAUUAGUUAAUUAGUUAUUCUUUGAUAGACAUGUCGCACCCAGAUGAAUUGAUCAACGAUAUACAAAAAGGAACUGAACUCAAGCAUGCUGAGACUCUUGACAAAUCAUGUCCAAUGAUUGAAAAGGGAGCAACCGUUCACCAGAGCAAUCGAAAGCAGCUUCUUCAAGAGGUCGAGCAGCCACAUAAUUUGCAGCAUCCUGAAUGCACGAAAGACCGUAGUAGCCCAAUGAUUGAAGAGGGCGCGAAAGUUGGGAAGACUGAACGCCCAGCCCUGCUUAACGAAAUUCGUCACGUCAAGUCUCCUGCAGAAUAAUUAACCUCGCACGAAAUAGAGCGGGUAGGCUUUCAAUUCUAUUCAAUAAAUAUCUUGCUUUUGUUAUAGCAGUCUCA